UAAUAAUAACUGGAAAGCGUAAAAAUGAGCAAGGGUGGAGAAAGAGGUCUUGUGUGAUCUGAGAAUAUGCCUUGCUUGUUAUUGUUGGUAUUUCUGAUUCAAUCAUGGGCAGUGAAGGCACAACAAGUCUACGAUAGGAACAUAUUCAUAUUAGCGGGGCAGAGCAACAUGGCUGGUCGGGGCGGCGUGCUGAACAACACCGGCACGGGGAUCGCCACGUGGGACGGCGUGGUUCCACCCCAGUCCCGUCCCAACCCCUCAGUCUUGAAGCUGGACGCGCACUUAACGUGGGUGGAGGCCCGUGAGCCACUGGACGCGGACAUCGAUUCUAGGAAGACAAAUGGUGUUGGGCCAGGAAUGGCAUUUGCGAACUCGGUGUUGGAGAAGCACCCAGAUUUUGGUCUGAUUGGUUUGGUCCCUUGCGCGAUUGGAGGCAGCAACAUAAGCGAGUGGGAACGCGGAAAAGAGCUUUACUUUCAGAUGAUAAAGAGGGCCAAGGCAUCGUUGCGUGACGGUGGCACCAUUCGUGCAUUGCUAUGGUACCAAGGAGAAACCGAUACAGUGAAUUUACACGAUGCUCAAUCGUAUCAAAGAAGAGUUCACAAGUUCUUCUUGGACGUUCGUGAUGAUCUACAGUCUCCGUUGCUUCCAAUAAUCCAGGCACUCAACAUAAAUGAUGUUGACAUACUCCAACCAAGGUGACCACAUAAAGUAACCCUGCACCGACUAAUAAAACUUAGGUCUUUGGUUUACUUUCUUGUUUUUUAAUCUUUAGAAUAUUAUUUUUAAUGUCUAUAUGAAAGUUUAGUUUAAAUAUAUGUUUCAAUUAAUUGUAAUAUUUGAAAAACAAUUUUAUAAAAAUUAAUUAUACUUUUAAAAUUAAAAUCGGAUUUAUGAAUUUUCUAGGUUUAUAAUUUCAUUAUCACUGUUGAGCCAGAUUAAGGUUGAACUUGCAAUGUAAUAAAUGGUUUCCUGUAAGAUGAUCCCUGUCAAUUCAUGUUACCAACUAAAUAGGUUAUUGUAUAGUUGUGGUGUGUCAUGUGUGCAGUAAAAGUACCUUCAUAGCUAAUAGCUUUACAAGUGAUAUAUUGAUUUUGCUCUGAUAAUUACUUUACACGGACAACUUAUUAACUCAAAUGUUAAGCUAUGGAAAUGGAAGUAAUUUGUCUUUCUCAACAACACAUAUUCGCUUGCUGUUGAAAACGGCACUGAAGAAUGAAGAUUGCCUUUUCUCUUUCAGCAAAUUACUUGAAACUCCUUGUAGUUUAUGGAGAUUGCACAGAUGUACUUGAAUUAAAAUACAUUACAUUGAUAUUUUCUAUUACUUAAAAAACAAAUUACAUCAUAUAAUAUUGUAAUAGGGCUACUCUAAACGUUAAAAAGGUAAAAAUACUGUGUCCAAUCUCAAGAAACUACUUGUCAAUGCAAUUUGUUCUAUCAAUUUUUGUUUUUCCUUUUAUCUUUGUUCCAUUUUUUUUCUAUCACAUU